AUGUAUCAUAUGCUACCGUACUCAUAUCGACCGCAGGCUCACUACACCAGAGCCCAACACGGAGAAUUUCAGAAUUUGAUCGAAAGAUUCGUGAAUAAAAUACUCCGCGAAACGGAUAUUGUCGACGCGGAUAAUGUAAACGGCCGGAAGUUGUUCAAUUCCAUGGACACGUUCUUCUCGUAUGGACUUCUCACCGCCGAUGGAACCUACUGGAGAUUCAUACGCCAAUUCCUGCCAAAAGCCGAGCAGAAAAUGCUGAGAGCUGAGUGUGGAAAUGCCAAUGACCGCUUUUUGUCAAUCGGGUGGUUGAAGACGUCGUUCAACAAGGGAACUCUCCACUUUAUGCUUCUCGCCCUCACCAACCAGAUCAACAAGAUCUACUUGAACAAGUACUACCACAUCAACUCGUGUCUCCGCAACAACGGAUUCUUGGAGGCCAUCACCGAGCUCAUGGAUAGACUCAACACUGUCCAAUUUGCCUUCUAUACCUCCCGCCAGCUCCGCGAAGAGCCAAUUCCAGCUGCUGUCGUCGAACCAUAUGUUGUGCAGGUGUCUUCACGUGCUGCUGCCCGUCAACGCAAGCUCACCGAAAAAGAAGCUUCCCAGGAGGUCGUGCCAAAUGUGAUCCCAACUGAAAUCCCAAGCAUUCUUACCCAAGCCAUUGACCAGGAUGUUCUUCUCGAUGAACUUGUCCGUAACCGUCAUAACCGUCUCAACACUGAGCUCUACGAUGCUUCACGCGUUGAAGAAAUUGACGAGGACGGUGAGGCAUCGACUUCGGUUGUGGAGGAAAAGUUGGAAGACGUCAUGACAAAGAAGAUGUCUUGCGCUCAUAUGGAGUCUAUGGAUCCAGAUGGCAUCGAACAGAUCUUGGCGAGCGUUGAGCCAGAGGAGCCAGACAUGCCGGAGUACAAUCUUGCCGAUGGGGAGUAUCAAAUGAGCCAAGGAGACGUUCUUCACCUCGCUAUCAACGUUUUUGAGAAGUCGUCGGAGAAGAUCAUCGAAUGCUUCAAAGUGCUCGAAAACUUCCAUUCCGACAGCAUCAAACUCCGUUACUUCGUGAUGACGAACUACAACGUCUACGUUUUCAAGUACCGCUACAAGACCCACAGCGGAUCUCCGGGAAAGACGACAAACUUGUCAUCGGAGGGAUUCUUUAUCCCAGUGGUUCGUAUGGCUCAUGACCGUAUCAAGGCUAUCAAGAUUUCCAUCGACAAUUUGUCCUUCAUGUUGGAAGCCAACGAAAAUGGAUUCAGCCACUUUAUUGAGAACGUGGAGAGGGAUGACAAGUCCGUGUUCACCUACACCGCCGCGUUGGCUGGAUUGGAGUGUGGCGCUCAUUUGAUCAACUCGCUCAUCCAGGUCGUGGAGCACAGUAGCCGUCAGCUGUCGGAGCGUGCCGAGGUCGACGACCACAUCGGAUACAUGUGCAUGCUUCAGCCAAAUCUGGAAAAGCAACUCUCAAGAACGAUCGACAUUCGUUCGGCCGCUCUUUGCUUCUGGUAUGAGCAGUCGUAUGCGGAGCGUGAGCAGUCGAUGACUACAAAAUCUGGAUACUUGUUCAAAACUAGCGUUGGAACCUGGAUGAAAGGAUCGGAGGAGGCCGAUCAGAGAUACUGUAUGAUUGUUGGGAACUGUCUCCACGUGUUCCUCGACUCCAACUGCAAGAGCGAGGAUGUUGUGAUCAACUUGAGCACAUCGACCUUGCAUAACAUGGGACGCGUCACUUUCCAGUUGAGAGGCCCUGAAGGCCAAUUCGAGUUUGAGUCUAGCGCCCAAGAAGACUACGCCGAGUGGAUGGCAGUUCUUGGACAGAUCAUGGAGAACAAGGCGACGCCACAAUACAUGACUCCAUGCCUUACCGUUCUCCUUGAGGGUAGCAUUGCAGUCGUUCAAGAAGGAGAGAAGUUCUGGGCCGACGGAUUCUUGCGCCUCCUCAAUGAGAUUCCCGGUGACUCUUUCCAACAAGUGAUUGCUGUUCAUCCGCCAAAGGAUAAGGACAGCUUCUUUGCUAACCGUGCGCCAGCACUCUGCCUGGUUACUGCUGACCAGUCUAUCCACUACUUCUUCCUCCGCUUCACCAAGGAGCUCGAGCGCUUCACCAACUCUGUUGAGGUCACCUAUGGACUCAAGCACCAGAAACUCGAUGAGCAAAUGAUGCAGAUUCCAAUCGGAAAAACCAUCCACAACACGUGCUGCCUUGCCAAGAGUCUCUGGCCAAUCUAA